CCACACCGAUUCUGCUUGUUCUCGUCCACGAGCUCUCUCUCUCUCCUCUCUCUCUGCGGAAUCUCUUCUUCAUAUUUGUGUGCGAAUCCCGUACGGAAAGAGAUGGCAGAGGAAAAGAAGGCUAAACCGAGCGGUGUCUGGACCACUGUCAAGCCCUUCGUCAAUGGCGGUGCCUCCGGUAUGCUGGCCACCUGCGUCAUCCAACCGAUCGAUAUGAUCAAGGUGAGGAUUCAACUGGGACAGGGAUCUGCAGCUUCUGUGACUAAGACCAUGUUGAAGAAUGAGGGUUUUGGUGCAUUCUACAAGGGGUUGUCUGCUGGUUUGCUCAGGCAAGCAACUUACACCACUGCCCGUCUUGGAUCAUUCAGGAUUUUGACUGCAAAAGCAAGUGAGGCUAACGAAGGGAAGCCCCUGCCUCUGUAUCAGAAGGCGUUGUGUGGUCUAACUGCUGGUGCCAUUGGUGCUUGUGUCGGUAGUCCAGCAGACUUAGCACUUAUCAGAAUGCAAGCUGAUGCUACAUUGCCAGCAGCUCAACGUCGAAAUUACACAAACGCCUUCCAUGCGCUUUACCGUAUAUCUGCCGAUGAAGGAAUUUUGGCACUUUGGAAAGGUUGUGGGCCCACUGUGGUGAGAGCCAUGGCUCUAAACAUGGGAAUGCUUGCUUCUUAUGACCAGAGUGCUGAGUACUUCAGAGAUUCCCUCAAUUUCGGGGAAACAUCUACUGUGAUAGGAGCAAGUGCUGUUUCAGGGUUCUUCGCCGCAGCUUGCAGUUUACCAUUCGAUUAUGUCAAAACCCAGAUUCAGAAAAUGCAACCCGAUGCCGAGGGAAGAUAUCCUUACACUGGAUCUCUUGACUGCACGAUGAAAACCCUAAAAGCCGGUGGUCCGCUGAAAUUCUACACAGGUUUCCCGGUUUACUGCAUUAGGAUCGCUCCUCACGUCAUGAUGACAUGGAUCUUCCUGAACCAGAUCCAGAAACUGCAAAAGAAGGCUGGAUUGUGAUGUGCUUUUGAACGUUAGUAAAGCUUUCGUCUGAGACAGAAGCUUCAGCGAAUAAGAUAUCAUAAAAGCGAAAACAACAAGGGAGUCACAUUUUGGCUUAUGAUGAUGUUUCUGCAUUAUUGUUUAUUUGAUAUAAUAUCUUAUUUAUCCAGCGACUUGAUUUUCAUGAAAGCCUAUGCACAUUAGCAGUUUUGUUUUGUUUAUUUCGGAUUAUGGCUUUAAGGGCAUUGAGAAUUUGAUGAGAUUAGACGUUCAAAUAAGUUUUAUUU